UCUAUAAAUCAUUACACAACGAUAAAAAUUAUAAAAAAUAAUGAAUCUUGAUAAUUUAAAUUUAGAAACAUUAAUUAUACAUGGAGACAUGGCUUUUACGAAUGAUAAUUGGUCGCACGAACUCAAGAAGCAGAUAAUUGACUACGUUGGAGAAGUCAAUGGAACAUACAUUGUUGGUUGUACAACCGUUGUAAAGGUUUUCUUGAGAGAUGGGCGGACUCAUGAAGCUAUGUCAUUCAAAGAAUCUCGUAGCGAAUCAAUUGGCGCAGCUUAUGAUGAAGCACGAAAUAAAUCUUUCCAUCGAGCCUUGUAUGACGCCUUUACGUUUUUUUGGGAAUUUAUGAAGAUAAUGGAGAAGCUGAGUAAUGAAAAGGUGCAAAGAAUGGUCAAGCAGCAACAGUUAAAAGCCGAAUGGAAUAAUAAAAAUAUUGUAAAAAAUUAAUUAGUCAUAUUAUUUUAAAGUCAAAAUUAAAAUUUACC